AGUUUAAUUGAUUCUGAGCGUAGUUCGUACAAAAGUUCUUUUCUAUGCCUGCGCCCUGGAGGCUGCACUUUGCUUUCUCAGCGUUUAGAAUGAACUUAAAGUGGAUGCAGCAUCGGAAUGUUGAUUAACCGAGCAGUCACCUUCAAAAUCAAUUUUGCUAGGAACCCCCGGCGCUGCUAGAAUCACCUCAGGACCGAAGUUCAUGUCGUUUGAAGAUUAUGAGCACACUAUUGGGUGAUUAUCAGCUUGACCUAGCUAUGUCGAGAAGAUACAGAUCUUUCUUCUUUCUUCCAUUCAGACUGAAUAGAGUGAGAAUAAGGACACGACGGCAUGAAACCCUGUUAACGACCUCCAAGAUGCAGGGUAAGAAACCAGUGCAACGCUUGAUUGAGGAAGAAUCUACAACUCAUAAACGCAUUGUACGCUGGUCUUUCUGCUGUAGUCAACGCAUCGGAUUGAGUUGCGAGCAAGUACCGUAUCCCCCUCCUUCUCCGUGUAGAGAUGGUAAUUGCUUCGUGCACAAUGCUUACACACUACUUGGCAUUGCCCAACUAGAGGAUGACAAAGAAUCUAUUGAUGAGCUCUCGUCAUUGCACGUGUGCACUUGCUCGAUUAGUCGGGAACGAUUGUUCAGGCAGUCUGUUGCUGCUCAUUUCGCGUUGAAGUUUUGAGUUUGAAUAUGUUCCUGAUGCUCUCGUCGACAACUACCUAGGUAUGCGAACUACACUAACAGACGA